AUGGCCUCACUCUCUUUACCGUCACUACUCUUCGCGGGCGCAUGCCUUGUUUCCUCUGCUACCGCAGCAAUCGAUAGUCAGCUGGUUGGGACGUGGUCGACGAAGUCGGGAAAGGUCAUAACGGGUCCGGGCUUCUAUAAUCCCGUAAACGACAGUUUUAUCGAGCCCAGUCACACUGGCAUUUCAUACUCCUUCACGGCCGAUGGAUUCUAUGAGGAGGCGUAUUACAGGGCCGUUUCAAACCCUGCGGACCCAUCAUGCGUCCAAGGAAUCAUGCAAUUUCAACACGGCACCGUGACAAUGAAUACUGACCUCUCACUAUCCUUUGAACCAAUUAAGGUGGACGGACGACAACUUUCAUCUGACCCUUGCACGUCAAAGAACGGACAAUAUGCUCGCUACAACCAGACUGAGACGAUGGCGAAAUGGCAAGUCUACAUAGACCCCUACACGAAAAUGACACGCCUCGACCUCUACGCAUUCGACGGCAAGAAGAUGAAUCCCAUGUUCUUAGCCUACAGCCCUCCCGUCAUGCUUCCUACACAAACUAUGAACCCCACGCCGACGGCAAGCGCCAGUACCACUGGAAGCUCGAAGAAGAGAGACUUGGGGGGCUCAGACAACGAGCAGAUGCCUAUGCCAAUGAACAAGGACUCGCAUAUCCACGCCACUCCAGCGCCCUUGCCUCUUAUGCAUCGAGUAGACCUUAACGUGGUCUGGUGGACGGGAGUAGCGAUGAUUGUUUUUGGCGGGACUGCGUACUUCUUAUAG